AUGGCUGACUCAGUGAACAAAAUGUCGAUUCCAUCGACUCUUCCUCUUCUUCCAUUCGAUAAUGGUGUUCUUUUACCGGGCUUAUCCUUGCAGAUAUCAGUAACUAAUCCGCGCAGCAUGAAGCUUGUAGAAAUGUGUCUGUGGUCGAAGGCCAACUGGAAGAAACAAUUUAUUGGAAUAAUUCCGAAUGUGGGGAGAGCAACGGUUCACAUUGAUGCUACUGAAAUGCACUGCAUUGGAACAGCAGCAACAGUGCAGGAACUGAAGAGCCACUCGUCACUCAGACCAAUGUACAGCCUUCGCGUGACUGGAUUUUGCCGCUUUAAGGUCAUUGAAGUUCAACAAGAAACUCCAUUUCCGGUUGCACUCGUGGAGCAGCUUGACAAAUUUGCGUUUGAGAGUGACGACAAUGUUGAGUAUGAUCCUGGAAUAUCUCAUCUAGCUGAGCAGUUGCGAAAGUCUGCGGAAGAGAUGAUUGAUUUACUUGGAAUGCAGUUGCCGAUUGUUAGCAAACUGAAGAAACUCAUUGCCAACUUACCACUGAAAAGUCUUCCAGACAUAUUGACAUCACUGGUGAAGACAUCGUUUUUUGAGAAACUGCAGAUACUUGACACUGUUGACGUCCACAUGCGUUUAAAGAAGGCUCUGCCUCUUGUUGAUCGACAGAUUGAGUCUUUGAAGAAAGCAAAUGCAGCAGCAUCCAGUGCAUUGAGCAAAAUAUCAGGCAAGGAGAUGGAAGAAAGGAAAGUGAAGGGUGGUUUUCGGAUUAUUUUACAACCUGGUCAUCCGCUACGAUCUAGACAACCUGGAAAGUUUACUGAUGAGGUGCUGGAGCAAGGAGAGAGAGACGAAGAUGAAAUAGCUGAACUUGAGAAGAGAAUAAUGAUGGCAAAGCUUCCUGACUAUGCGCUUAAAACUGCACAGCGAGAACUGAAAAGAUUAAAACAGAUGCCACCUCAAUUUCCCGAGCAUUCUGUAACCAGAAAUUAUUUGGAAUUGAUGGUCGACUUGCCGUGGUCAACAAGUACAGAGGAUCGGCUGGAUGUAACUCAAGCCAGACUUGAUCUCGACGUUGAUCAUUACGGUUUGGACAAAGUGAAAGAACGCGUGAUUGAGUAUCUUGCAGUGAGAAAGCUAAAGAAGAGCUUGAAAGGUCCCAUUUUGUGCUUCGUUGGCCCACCUGGGGUGGGAAAGACAAGCAUCGGGCGUUCUAUUGCAAAGACAUUGGGUCGUAAAUUUCACAGGAUAUCACUCGGAGGCAUUUGUGAUCAGAGUGACAUUCGAGGACAUAGACGAACAUAUGUGGGUGCUAUGCCUGGCAAUAUUAUUAAUGGCAUCAAGCUUGUGGGAGUGAAUAACCCUGUAUUUCUUUUGGAUGAAGUUGAUAAGCUUAAUAUCAGUCAUAAGGGUGACCCGGCAGCAGCACUGCUUGAAGUUCUCGAUCCUGAACAGAACAAUUCGUUUACUGAUCAUUAUCUUAACGUUCCGUUUGAUCUUUCGCAAGUGCUCUUUGUGGCCACGGCAAACACGACAGCCACUAUUCCGUAUGCACUGCUGGACAGAAUGGAGGUGAUUGGCAUACCGGGUUAUACACUAGAAGAGAAAGUGGCUAUUGCUGCGAAAUAUGUUGUUCCCAAACAACUGGAUCAACAUGGCUUGACAUCAAAUCAGCUGCAAAUUGUCAACAAGUCACUUCAGUUUCUCAUUUCUAAAUAUACAAGAGAGGCUGGUGUGAGGUCUUUGGAACGGCAAGUCGCUGCUUUGUGCAGAAUUAUUGCAGUCAAGCUGGCAGCAAGUGAAGUGUCAAGUUUGACUUUCAAGAAAGACAAUGACGGUUCAAUUGAUGCUGCUCUAACUUCGUCAUUGUCUACAGCUGAGCUGACCCUCCCAAUUAUUAUUGAUAAAGAAAUGAUAGAAGAUUUACUAGGACCUCCACAAUAUGGGAGAGAACUGGACGAAAAAUUAUAUACGCCAGGAGUAGCUAUUGGCUUAGCGUGGACACCUAUGGGUGGAGAGAUUAUGUUUGUUGAGGCAACGAGAAUGCCAGGCGAAGGAAAGCUUACUCUAACCGGACAGUUGGGGGAUGUAAUGAAAGAAUCGGCUGAAUUGGCAUUGAACUGGCUGAGGACACACUCAACACAGAUUGGUGUGCAGUAUUCUGGUUUUGACAACCUCCUUCACAAGACCGACAUACACAUCCACUUUCCAGCGGGAGCAGUUGGCAAAGAUGGCCCAUCUGCUGGCGUCACAGUAGUUGUUGUUCUCGCUUCUCUCUUUAGUGGUCGGUGUGCGAGAUCAGAUACCGCUAUGACAGGUGAAGUUACUCUACGAGGACGAGUGCUUCCGGUUGGUGGCAUCAAAGAGAAAGUCUUGGCUGCACACAGGUUCGGUCUGAGCAGAGUUAUUAUCCCAGAGAGUAACGGGAAGGACUUGAGGGAUAUUCCAGAAAGUGCAAGGAACGAUCUGGAGUUUGUGUUGGUGCAAAACAUUGCCGAGGUGCUAGAAGCAGCAUUCGAUAGAGGUUUCUUGUUACAAAGCAGACUAUGAAUAAGAUUAGACGACAACUUAAAAAGUAUCUGUCAUAACUCGCGUCGUUGUAUUGACUGAUUCGUUUCUACAGAAUUUGUAAUUUAUAUCAAACGCGUAUUUCCGGUUUUGUUGCCUCAUUACGUCAAGUGUGUGUUAUUUGCAUUUCGCGCCGCGGCGUUCAUUCAUUCUUUCGUCGUCGCUCACUGGUUUGUGCCUGGGCUUUUCCUGUCUACAUUGCAUUUCAAUCUUAUGUUGUAUUGUACGAAUGGCGCUUCAGGGAGGAAAGAACAAAACGUCUACGGCAAGAACAGAGCUGCCCGUUGACCUGGCACGUCAUGUUUUUGGGGUGUCUUUGGAGUGUUCUCGCAUUGAAAAGGAAACGCAAGCUUCUGCUAGUCUGGAAAGCGUCGCUGCUGUGAGAAAGGUUGGCAGUGCUGCUGACAAGACUGUGCUGCUCUUGACAAUCACAGGCUCAGCAGAAGCUGUUAGGUGCAAGUUCUGUUUGAUUAGGUUGGCACAGCAGAUUGUCGAGAAUCGAGCGAGAAGAGCUCUGAAAAAGAUGGAAGUUGAUCUUGUACAGAACUCUCUUAGACCCAAGAGAUCAUCAUCAAUAGAUCAUGAAAUAACACCUGUAGAGGCGUCGCUGAUUGGCACCUCUAGUACCGGAAGGCAGACAAAGAAAAAGAUCUUGUACACAAGAGAGGAGAUGCUUGCAUGCCUUCAGUCACCUGAGAGCUGGAAGAGACCAAAGGGUCUUCCUGAAGGCAACCUCUUGUUUCUGGCUGGAAACUUUUAGCAGUUUCAGCAUAUUCUACAGCAUAUUCGAUGGAUAAUGUGUUUGAACAGAGUUUGUUGAGUGAAGCGUUCUAGACAUUACCACAUAGACUAUUUGCUGUUGUUUCAAUGGUCUAUUUCUAUCUAUAGGAGCAUUAUACAGACUUAGUGGUGUUUCUCUGCA